AUGAGAACGAGGAGCUCGAGGCCGCUGCCUCCAGUGCGAAAACGGACUUCACAAUUGCCGCAGACGAGGACCAGCAGGGAUGUCUAUUCUCAUCCCAGCAGCGACAAGUCGGAGGAGGACUCUGACGGGGAUGCUGGCGACCACCAAGGGCCCACGUUGGUGACGGAGCCGGCGGGCCAUUUGCUGCACAACGUCGAUGCAACGUCUGGCAGGCAGGAUCAUGAAGACCGAACCGCAGACUGGGUUAACAGCGCGGAUGGCAGUUUUGGGUAUUUCACUCGCAAUCAUACGAGUGCCCCGCUGAGGGAGCGGCUCGGGGGCCCUCACGAUGCGGACAUGGAGCGCACGACAACUGUGAGUGAGAACGGCGGGGGCAACUUGGGACAUCGGAAACCAGCGCAGAAGGCGGUAGCUCAGCCCGACUCAAAUUCGUUGGGCGAAAGCGACGAUACACCGGCUGACUCUGACGAGAUGAGAUUGGACAGACCAGAGCAACCAGCCGCGCCGCAACGAACAAUCGCGGGCAUAUUCGAGGAUGAUGCCUCGUCCAGCUAUGCGGAGGAGAAUCUCAUUGGAUCCGAUGGGGAGUCUUUAGGUCUCGAGAACGAGGCAGCAGAAGACGCGCUCCGAGAUGCUCCGGAUAAAGAUGAAGAGCCAGCCUCAAACCGCUCUCCCCAUCACCAUUUUACGUUCUUCGCCAUCCCUGACAGCCCAGAGCAUUGCCGCCAGGCAAAUAUGGAUAGCACUGAAGUAAAAAGUGUUUUGUAUCGUAUGGGACAAUAUAUGUGGGCUGGAACGGGUCAUGCCUGGGAAAGCAAGAUGCUCGCGCGCAAUGUCACAAGCAAGGCUUCGUCCCGCCAUGAUGCCGCCAACAAUGCGAAGGAGUGGAUGCGAUGGCACAAGUACGACAUCAAGACGGUAACGGCGCGAAAUCUGGCGCUCAACACGUACAAGCUCUGGCAGCUUCUGUCGGAUAUGCCCUCAGCCAGUGAUACACGCGCCCAUCUUGACUACCUGCGCUCGAAACACGUCUCACACGAUCUGAAACGGUUGAUGCUCGCCAUAAGUCAAUACGAAUGCAACAGGGACGCGCAAGAACACGCCGUUGUGUUCGAACCUUCAUUGAGCAGGCGUCGCGCAGAGUCCAGACUGGAAGAAGAAGAGAUCAAAGCCAGGCUACGGCGAUUCGAGGAGAAGACUGGGGGCAUGUAUCAAGGGAUGGCUCGGCGCAAGAAGCUAGAACGACUUCAACAAGCUCGCGCUGUGUCAUCAGCUACCGUUACCGGGCAUAGGGAGGAUGGUUUCACCCGCGCCACGGUUGGUGUGGCACCUGCCCGGAGAACGUGGGAAGAUCUGCCUCCACCGCCGGAUUUGAGAGCUGUACAGAGACUGAGCAGCAGGGAGGUGUAUGCUUCGGAGAAUGGAGGAUGGUUUUACGAGGAGGACAAGGCAUUGCUACGGGAGCUUCGCAAUUCUCGAGGCUCGCCUAGGGCUGAGAACGUGCAAUGCGUAUUAAAGUAUCGGCGUGAGAAAUCCGACAUUAUCAAGAGACUGAGAGAACUGGAGACAUUGGCAAAGAGGGUUGCUGAGGAGAGGGGGAUUGGCAUUCAGGAACCCUUCACCAUGGCCGACAUUGAGAACUUUGACGUCCCCAAGGCUGAGGAGCAGGAUCCUCAGCUCGUAGAGGAACAGGAGGAGCAGCCCGACGACACGGCCAUCGAGUCUGCCUCGGACGUGCCAAAGGAAGAAGAUCAGGAGGCCACCCCGAUCCCUUCGUCGCCCGAUGCCAGCGCCUCCGAGGCUCCCACCCCAGCAGACAAAGCCAAUGGCGAGGCCAAGCCCACGACAACCUCUACUGUCAGGCGUCCCGCAGGCGCAACUACUGGCACUGUCCGCCGACCUGGUACUACGACCACGACCACCACGAGGACGGCUGGCACGGCAGCAACGGCUCGCGCCACAGGUGGUCUAAGCAAGCCCCCGACGCGCCCUCCCACCACAACCACGACAGGCGUGCGCCGCCCAACGACGGCUACCUCGACCACGUCGUCCCAUCGCAGCCGCCCUAGCGUCAGCGCGAGUGAAGAUGAGCGCAAGCCUGCUACUUCCACCACCGCUGCCCGCCGCACCAGCAGCAUCAUGUCGAGCCCUGCCAAGCCGACCGCUACGCGAACACCUGCUGGCACGACCGCUUCGGCGCGCAAGCCUGCUGCGGGCACGAUGUCGUCCGCGACAUCAUCGAGAACGACGACAGCCCCCAGGACGGCCACAGCCGGCGCGGCGAGGACUGCAGCAACCCGCGCUCCUGGGACCACUGCCUCGGCUACCGAACCCAAGAAGCGUCUGUCCACUGUUGGUGUUACCCCAACCACGCGCACGACGUCGCGACCUGCUACCGCUUCCUCGGACGCGGCCAAGGAAAUUGAUGAACUCAAGUCCAAGGUCGCCCAGGGUGAGACUGAGAUUGAGGACCUCAAAACCCAGAUCAAGACAUCCGAGGAGAAGCUCGCCGAGCUGAGCGAGAAACAGAACGCUCAGCCCACCGAGGAACUGCAGGACGCGACCCGCAAGGAGGGCGAGGAAGCCAUUGCUAGCCUCCAGUCCGAGCACGAGGCUGCCGUCGCCGCUCUUGAGUCGCAGGUGGCUGAGACCAGCUCCCAGCUCCAGGCUGCUCAAGCCGAAGUUGAGCAGCACAAGGCCGAUCUCGCAGCCGCGCAGGGCUCCAAGGACGCGGUGCAAGCAGAGCUCGAUGCUGUCAAGCAGUCACUCGAGACAUUGCAGACCGAGAACGACGAGAAGCUCAAGGCUGCCGAGGAUGCUCUGAAAGAGGCGCUGGACGAGCAAGCUGCCAAGGUCGAGGAGCUCACUGCUUCCUUGAAUCAGCAGCAUCAAGCUGCUGUGGAGGCUCUCGAGUCUAAGCACAAGGAAGAGCUUGCGCGGGACCAGUCGGAUGCGUCGUCUCAUGAGACUGCCAUGGCUGAGCUCAAGUCGAGCCAUGAAGCUGCCCUCGCUGAGCUACAGAAGAAGAUUGACGAGCUUACUGCUUCUCAGUCCGCCGCCGAGGCGGCCAGCGAGGAGAAGAUCAAGGCCGAGAGCGAGGCUCACCUUGUCAAAGUCACUGUCCUCGAGGGCGAGAUCGCUGAGCUCAAGGCCAAGGCAGAGAGCGCAGAGGCCGCUGCUGAGGACGCCAGGUCGCAGCUUGAGUCUGGAAGUGGCAAUCUCGGCAAGCUGCAAACGUCCUUGGCUGAGAAGGAGGCCGAGCUCGCUGCUGCUAAAGACGAGCUCUCUAAGGUCAAGGAGGAGAUCUCCGCCUGCCAAGCUCAGCUCGCCGAGGCGCAAGCUAGCCUUGCCGACAAGGAGAAGGAGAUUGCCGAGAUCAAGAACAAGCACGAGGCACGCAUGCUGCAGCUCAGCAAGGACUAUGAAGCCGAGAUUGACGAGGCUAAAGCAGAGCCACACUUCAAGCGUCAGUUCGAGGCUCUGGAGCUCAAGCACAAUGACCUGGACAAGAGCUUUGCCGAGGCCAAGGAAAGUCACUCGGCGGCCAUCGCAGCAGCCAAGGCUGAGCACGAGAGCGCUCUGGCCGCCCUUGAGACCAAGGAGAUUGAGCACCAGAAGGCUCUUGAUGCUCUUCGUGCCAGUCAUGCCGAGGAGCUGGAAAGUGCCAAGACCGGUGCCUCCAGCGACAGGGAGACCCACUUGGCCGAGAUCGACGCCCUGAAGAAGCAGCAUAGCGAAGAGCUGAAGACUCUCAAGAAGGAAAGCGAGUCGAACGUGGCGAAGGAGCUCGAGGCACUGCAGGCCUCCCACGCCGAGGUACUUCAAGCCAUCGAGAAGGACAGCGAAGGCGAGAAGCAGAGACUGCUGGAGAACCACCAGGCUGAGCUGGCCUCGGCCAAGAUAGCUGGCGAAGGUGCGCACGCCGAAUCCCUCAGGAAGCUCCAGGACGAGCACGCCGCCAGCAGCGAGAGCGCCAAGAGCGCACAUGCUGCUGAGCUCGAGAAGGCAAUGGCAGAGGCUGCUGCCUCGCGAGAGGCCGGCGAGGCCCACGCUAGCGAGAUGGAGAAACUCCGUACCGAGCUUGCGGCGGCCAAGGAUGCCAGCGCGGCCGCCGAGAGUGCUGAAGUUGCUGCUCUGAAGCAACAGCUCGAGGCUGCCCACGCGGAACUGGAGAACUUCAAGGCAGAGACCGAGAUGGCCAUUGAGCGGGCUGUCGAGAGCUCCACGGUCGAGCUGGAGGAGAAGCACAACAGCGUUGUCGAGCAGCUCAUCAACCAGAAUGCCGAGGCUCUUGACAAGUACAAGACGGAGCGGUCGGACUAUGGCAAGGAGCUUGAGGCUAUGACGGCAUCGCACUCCAAGGCCCUCCAGGAUGCCAUCACCGAGUACAGUCAGCGCAGCGACUCGUUGCAGGAGCAGCUCAAGGAGGCUUCCCUGGCCCGCGACGCUCUGGCCGAGCAGCUGCAAACCGUCCAAGAGACCCUUGACAGCUCCAACGAGGAGAUCAACAGCCUCAGCCAGCAGCUUGCGCACGAGAAGAUGGAGCGCAUGACUGCGCUGGCGGAACUUGAUGCCGCUAAGAGCGCGAAGCCCGACACGAGCGAGUUGGAUGGCCUAAGGCAGCAGCUGUCGAUGGCCGAAAAGUCACACGGCGAUGCCCUGGCUUCGCGCGACGAGGAGCUCUCUGCCGCCAAGGCCUCGCUUGAGGCAGCCCAGGGGCAGCUCUCGUCCGUGACAGAGGACCUUGAGCUCGUGAAGAAGGACCUCGAGGCGCACCGCGCCGAGGCCGAGGCUAAGUCGAAGACGGCCCAGGCAGACUACAAGGACCUGAACGAGAGCAUGACGAGCAUGGUGGAGGAUGCGCAGAACAAGGUCAAGCUCAUGCAGACGGAGCUCGACGAAGCCAACAAGAAGGUGGGUGACUUUGAGAGGAAGCUUGAAGAGCUGGAUGCCCAGCUUAAGGUCAAGGAUGCCGAGAUUGCCGAGGCAAAGGCAAAUGCCCCCUCAAAGGCCAAGGGUCUUGCGGACAGCCGUUUUGCCAAUGAUGACGACGACGACAAGGCCGAAGGUGAGGACGAGACCGAUCACGACUCUGCUGCGUUAGCCUUGCUAAGUAAGGCCCGCGAGACGAUGAAACAGAUGGGCACCCUCGAUCGUGAGAUGAGGGAGCGCAACUUGAGGGCGCUGGGCUCCAUCACAAACUCGUCGCAACAACCAACGGAGAAGAUGUGA